GCACGGCCCAGUCCAACUUCUCGUUCCCCCAAACCCUAAUCCCUUUCUCCACUGCCACGUUGUAUAUAAGCCGCCGCCAGCUUCAACGCAGCUGCCCUCCCAAACCCUCGCGCCGCCGCUCCCCAGCACAUCGCUCCCAGCGCGCCAAAUCGGCGGCAACCUCGGACCCUUCACUCACCCAGCUAUGGCGGAGCGAGGCGGCGAGCGUGGCGGAGAACGCGGCGGCGAGCGUGGCGGUUUUGGCCGCGGGUUCGGUCGCGGCGGGCGCGGCGACCGUGGUGGUCGCCGUGGUGGCCGGCGCGGCGGCCGCCAGCAGGAGGAGGAGAAGUGGGUGCCCGUCACCAAGCUCGGGCGCCUCGUGAAGGAGAACCGGAUCAACAAGAUUGAGGAGAUCUACCUGCACUCGCUGCCGGUCAAGGAGCACCAGAUCGUGGAGACCCUCGUCCCGGGGCUCAAGGACGAGGUGAUGAAGAUCACGCCCGUCCAGAAGCAGACCCGCGCCGGGCAGCGCACGCGUUUCAAGGCCUUCGUCGUCGUCGGCGACGGGGACGGCCACGUCGGGCUCGGCGUCAAGUGCGCCAAGGAGGUCGCCACCGCCAUCCGUGGCGCCAUCAUCCUGGCCAAGCUCUCGGUCGUGCCCGUCAGGAGGGGCUACUGGGGAAACAAGAUCGGCCAGCCGCACACUGUGCCCUGCAAGGUCACCGGCAAGUGCGGGUCCGUCACCGUGCGCAUGGUGCCGGCGCCCAGGGGGUCCGGGAUUGUCGCUGCCCGCGUGCCCAAGAAGGUCCUCCAGUUCGCCGGCAUUGAAGAUGUCUUUACCUCGUCCCGUGGCUCCACCAAGACACUCGGUAACUUCGUCAAGGCAACCUUUGAUUGUCUGAUGAAGACCUACGGCUUCCUCACUCCUGAGUUCUGGGCCGAGACCAAGUAUGCCAAGACCCCGUUCCAGGAGUUCACCGACCUCUUGGCUAAGCCGACAAAGGGUCUUCUGAUCGAGGCUCCCACCGAGACAGUGGAAGCUUGAACGUCUUAGUUUACUGUUCCAAGUGUCGCGAAAAGAGUUUUCUGUACUAGCUACAUAUUUUAAAUGUUAUUUUGAAUUAUGAUGAGAAACCAAGGUAUGCACCCAAGAUAAUUGAUGUCCUGUUGUUUUCGUAUGUGGGUAUCGAACCCCAAAGAUGUCCUAUUGUUUUCUGUACUCCGCAUGUGAUGAAAAUCUGUCCUGCCUGUGUUAGGCCA